AUGCUAAGGAGACGUAACCUUCUGACCACACUCCUGAUCGUUUUGCCAUGGGCUCUUCUUCUAACCUUGUGGCAUCAGUACCCAACCACCCGCUACCUCAUCCUGCUGAGAAAAGAGACAGAUGAAAAUGCAACAGCUAAAGCUCGCUUCAACGGUACAUCCCCGUUGCGGGAAGAAGGGCUCCCAUCAUGCAGCUGGCAGCAAGCCUUGGGGGUGGCUCCAAAAGUCAUCCAGAACUAUGUGUAUUCCCGGCCUCCUCCCUGGUCGGACACUCUCCCGACCAUCUUUGUAAUCACGCCCACCUACACCAGGCCAGUGCAGAAGGCUGAGCUGACCCGGCUAGCCAAUACCUUCCUACAUGUGCAGAACCUGCACUGGGUGGUGGUGGAGGACUCACCCCGGAGGACCAACCUGGUGUCCAACCUGCUGGAGAAGGCGGGGCUCAAUUUCACCCACCUGAAUGUGGAGAGCCCGCAGAGUCUGAAGAUGAGCGGACCCUGGAUCCCAUCCCACAAGCCAAGGGGGACACUGCAGAGGAACCUGGGGCUGCACUGGCUAAGAGACAGCUUCAACAACACACAGCCACCAGAAGGGGUUGUGUACUUUGCUGAUGAUGAUAACACCUACAGCCUGGAGCUCUUCGAGGAGAUGCGCUAUACGAGGAGGGUAUCCGUAUGGCCAGUGGCCUUCGCUGGGGGUCUGAGGUACGAGUCUCCCAUAGUGAGCCCAGCGGGGAAAGUGGUGGGCUGGAAGGUGGUUUUUGACCCUAACCGGCCCUUUGCUAUUGACAUGGCUGGAUUUGCAGUCAGCAUCAGACUGAUCUUGGAGAGGCCUCAAGCCACUUUCAAGCUGGAGGGAAUUAAAGGAGGCUACCAAGAAAGCAGCUUGCUGAAGGAUUUGGUGACUAUGGAUGGACUGGAGCCCAAAGCAGCCAACUGCACAAAGGUUUUGGUCUGGCACACCAGGACCGAGAGGCCAAUGCUAGCUAAUGAAGGCAAACAUGGAUUUUCGGACCUAAGGAUGGAGGUGUAA